GCGCUAAAAGAAAAUCUUCAUUCGGCGCGCGAGGCAAUUUGAACUGCACGCGCACUUUACGAUCCGACGAAAUCGAAAAUCGAUUUUCUUUUCGUAUUUUUUUUUUAAUCCUCUGUGUGUUCUAAUAAUGCCAUAAGAAGACUUUCAGUGAGUUUAUUAUAAAUUGUGUUCAGUGCUGUGAUUCGAUUUACUUAGUUUUUUUUUUAGUUGGCAGACGAAUUUUUUUUUUUAUUGUAGCACAGCAAGUGGACCAUGGCCACCAAGUCGUACAGCAAGCACAAGGAGUACAAGGAGUAUUCCAGCUCCCGGGGCAAUGUGCCAUACACAGACGAACAAUUUGAUAUGAUAAAAUCCGAACUGAUCCCGAAAGGCAGCAAGCUGGACUCUCUAGGUAGAGGGGGAGGGGCGAGAGAGUACCACUAUGAGUAUAAGGAGGAGAAGCACCCCUCCGGAAAAUACGAUCGAAAGGAUCUGCAUACUGUCGAGGAAUACUCAGUCCCACCCAAGACCUUGCCAAAGGCUGAGAGCACUACGUACUACUACGAACGCGAGGAGAGGGAACUGCCUGCCAUCGGCACUGGCACCCGGACGUAUAACUAUGAAACCACCAGCUCUACCCCAGGAUACUUGAAAGUGAAAACCUCUAAAGCGACGAAGGAAAUGACACAGAAUGUCGACGAACUGGACUCUCUUCUCGACGACUUGCAGAAGGACCAAGAACGACAGCUUUACAAGAGUGGUUAUAAUUCAGAUACAGCUGAAAGUACAUCAUUUGACUACAGAAGGGGUGUUCCCGCCAAAGCGCCCUCUAGCGGCUACUCGACGCUGAAGCACGAGGAGAGGCUGGAGUCCUCCUCCUGGGGUGCCCCUCCUCCUCCCACCAUCACACGCGCUGCUGAGAUCAGGCAGGAGGUCUACAGGGAGGAGAAAACUGAAUCUCGAGUGGUGCCAUCUCAGGUGUCUCCCGCGAUACCACAAAUGGUACCACCCACCAUCUGCUCUCAUUGCCACACGUCAUCCACCACCGGCACGCUGCCGCGACCGGGUGCUCCCAUGAACAAAGUGACCACCACCGUCAAAACCUACACUUACGAAGUGCCCGCCGACCAAGACCCGACCAGUGUGCCCAUACCCGAGCACUCACACACUCACACACACAACGAGCACGUCCUGCACGAUACAACAACGAUCACUAACUCAUCGACCCCCGUGAAGUUGGUCGCGGCCCCCGCUCCCCCUCCCGCGGGGGGCUGCCAGCACUGCUCGCACUGCAACACGCGGCUGCACUACCGCACACACGCUACCGACGAGGUAACGAGUGAGCGCGUGUUGUACCCGCCGCCGCCCGCCAACAUCACUCUCCUGCCUGCGCAGCCUAACGACCCACACAAUGGACACGGCCCCCAUGGUCCAACAAGCUACAAAUACAGCGAGACGAGCUACUCGUCGCAAAAUUCGUCGCAGCGCUACCCCUCGCCCGCGCCCCCGCCCUCGCGCACGCUCUCGCCUUCGCCCUCACCCUUCCCACGUCCUGCCACGCCAUCGGGUGGCACGCAGCAACCGCCCAAGAAACUCGAUGACCUACUCGCCGACUUCCCUGAAGCGCGGUUCCCCACCCAACCGGAUGGCAUCACCCGUCGUAAAGUCGAAGUAACUCACGAGAGCUUAAGCCAGAAUGCUCAGAAUGCCCAGAAUGAUACCGCAAAGAAGCCUUCACUACCGAUCGGCGGCAGCAGGAAUGUAGCCGGUCCCGCGGUAUACUACCCACCGGGUCAUGUGCCUUUUGAGAAGAAGGAUGCACCAGUCGUCGCUAGCGGUGGAGGCUACCAGUCUGCUGCAAUGAUGCAAGGCGGCGGCGCCUACGCUUCCGGCCGGGGAAUGUACGAAUACGAGUCAGGCGCACGCAGCAAGGAAAAGCAUUCUGAGAAGAAAACAGCUGUACCAAUCUGCUUACCACUCUGCUGCGCCAUGCCUUGCGUUAUUAUGUAAAGUGUAAACUCCACUUGCCGCAAACAGAUUGCAGUGUCGUAGCGUGUUGUGAGUCAGAGUUAAAAUGAGACAGGUUCAUGUCGAAGAUAUACAUCUGUCUCCUUUUAACUUUCUUAGUCUGAGCAAAGUCCUACUCUCCUUACAUUUCAGUCUCUACUGGAAUGUAAUGUAGUGUUGUCUUUUAUUGGUAACAACACAGCUUUUUGAUAUACUAUGAUAUAGGCACAUAUCUAUGGUUAUUCAUGGUUAGGUAGACAGGUAAGGUAUACCUAAUAAAACCAAAACACAACAGACUCAAAGCAAGCACGGUUUUGCCAAAAUAAAGAAAAUUUAAUAGUAUUUAAGAUUGAUAUAAUUUUUUCGAUAAUUCUAUACAAUGAAAUUCAUACUAGAUUUUUGCACCUCGGCUUCACUAAACUGCACAGUGCCACCCAGCGAGUCAGCGUUGUGCCUUAAGAAGUCAAAAGUUUAUAACGCACCUUUUGGUAACUUCAGUAUGAUAUUGUAAACUAUAUGACUGUAGUUUAUCUAUCAUUUUACAUUUAUAUCUGAUCGCAUUUUAUCGCGCCACAGUCACGACACGCUACAUCAGCCUAAUGUGUUUGCACCUUUAUACAGUUUUAUGUAAUUUACCUACUUGUAUAAUUUCGGUACUUGCAUUUUUAUUAAUAAAUAUUCAAUAAUAACUCUUCGAUGGUACAAGUAAUUAGGUAGGUAGGUAUUUAAAUAACGAUUAAAUUUUGUUGAUAAUAUUUUUGAUGUCAUACUAGCUACGCCAUCUAUUGUCAUAAAAAUAUUAUGUUCUCUUUAUUUUCUUCCUUUAUAAUAACAAAUUUUACAAAAUUUAAUAAAAUUUAGGUACAGAAUUUUUUGUUUGUAUAAAUGUCCGUAUUCUUUAUAUUAUAGGUAUACCUAGUUGUUAUGAAUUAAGUAACUAAGUCUAAAUAAAUAUUAACUAACCAAACCAAAUUGUAAUUUUAAACGUUUUUCCCGCGAUCCAAAAUAACAGCGAUUCAAAAUGCGAAUUUAAAUUAAAAGAAAAGAGUAGGUAGGGAAUUAAAAUAAAAUGUUUAUGAGUAAGUCAGACUCCGCUAGAUUAUGUUAAUGAAAAUAAUUUUACUCAAAUAAGUAAUAACAAUAGGUUUAAUUAGGAUGAAAACAAAUUACUUCAGUGUCGUUGCAUGUUGAAACUUGCAAUGCAUAGGCUAGAAUCUAGAUUCAUGUUUUCUUAACAGGGCUCUCUCCGUCACUCGUUUCCACUCGUUUCAUACAAUCGUAGUUCCAAUUUCAUUUGAAUAUUAAGCAACCAAAGUCCAUGAAAUUUUGCAGACAUAUCC